AUGAAAAAUGCCAGAGUAGCAGUCGUCCUGGCCGAACAUGUCCUUGACAAGAGUACCGUGAUGUGCCAUGUGCUGUGCCUCGCGGUCAUUCUACCAAGCCUCGCGAGUUCGUUCGAGGAUCUGAAAGAAUUUGGGUUGAUCAAUCCACGACUGGCAAAGGACUUUGGCGAUCCCGGACCUGGCAUUGCCGAACUCUGGCUUCAAACGGGGGCGAAAAAAGCGACCGCCAUUGAGUACGGCAUUGUCGUCCCCAGUGCUGGCGCUGGUGGGUUCCUUCGGCGAGCCGACGUUCACGUCAUCCGGACGCCUUGCGACACUUUUGCCAGUCUCCAUAGCGUUCGCCGCCUCUUCCUCCACUGCAAGCAGGUCAUCUUCGUCGGCCGAGCUCUCUGGUACGUGGGUGGAAAGAUCUUUUUCGUCAUCAACAAGACGUGCGACGAGGGGACAGCCCAUUCAUCAUCCCUGUUCCUCCGUAUUGAUGUUGGGCAGCGCAUCCAAAUCAGAGUCAUCAGAUCCAUCAAGCCCGUACUGCGGUCGAGACUGGGUACGGCGUCUUGUUCUGCGGUGUGGGAGCUCCUAGUCCUCAUCGGCAUCGUGUGGCGCUGGUCCGUCCGAAUGACCAACAGCUUGGCCAGUGGGUGGUCCUGA